UCCCGGCACAAUGGCAAUAUUCGAUCUCGAUCGUCUCAUUACCGAUCUCUUCAAGACAACAGUCCUGCCGGGGAUAGCGAUCGGGCUGUGGUUAACCGAUUUAAUCGGACGGCUGACGUGUACGGUGCUGCUGGUGGUGAUUGUGAUCGUCUUCGUCAUACUACCGAUCAUCUUCAAGUUUUCGGUCUCACUGCAGAAAAACAUCCUAUUUCUCACCUUCAUAACCUAUCCACCCAGCUUAGACCUAAAGCGGCCGGAAAAGAGUGGCCUGUAUGCGACGAGAAACUUCUACAUCAAUUACCGCGACCAGGAGGAGGAGAAAGAUGUGAACAUUGCCGUGUGGCACGUGCUGCCGAACGACUUGGUGCGCCGCUACGCGAAGGAACUGCACGUGGAUGAGCAAAAGAUAGCCAACAAAUCGCUCCCAACGAUAGAUGGCGCCCCUAGUCACGGUGGUAGCAUACUGCCUGCCUCCGACCAGACAGAUUCCGCGGACCGAUACAGCCGUAUCGAGAAAAUAAUUCGUGCAAAUGAUUUCAAACCCACGGAUGAAGCACACGAACGGAACCUGUUCGAAGAAUCGUUGCGGGCCACAACGAACGAUGUCGUUCUGUACCUGCACGGUAAUACGGCAUCCCGUGGUGCACCGCACCGCGUUGAGCUGUAUCAGAUGUUGCGCGCUCUGAACUAUCACGUGAUAGCGAUGGACUACCGUGGGUACGGUGAUUCAGCCAACCUGUCACCGACGGAACGGGGCGUCGUGUACGAUGCGCUUGCCGUGUACCAAUACAUUACGAGCAUCACGAAGAAUCCCGUCUAUCUGUGGGGACAUUCGCUCGGCACGGGUGUAUCGACCCAUCUGCUAUCGCUGCUGACCGAGAUGAGCCUACCGGGACCGAAGGCGCUCGUACUGGAGAGUCCUUUCAACAACAUCAAGGAGGAGAUCUGUGCGCAUCCGUUUUCGAAGUUAUAUCGUCAUCUACCGUGGUUUGAUGCGCUAAUCUCCAGACCAAUGUACAACAAUAUGCUGCGCUUCGAGUCUGACCAGCAUAUAGCCGAGUUCCGACAGCCGGUGCUGAUACUGCACGCUGAAGAUGAUCUGGUCGUGCCAUUCGAGUUAGGAUAUAAGCUUUACCGGCGAGCACUAGACACCCGUGGUAAAUCGUGGGGUCCGAUUGAGUUCCAUCGGUUCGAGAAAAGCAGCCACUACGGGCACAAGUAUAUCUGCCGGGCACCGAACCUGCCAGAAAUUGUUAUACGCUUUUUCUACGCCUACCGUAAUGAGCAGUACUAGUGUGUGGCGUU